AUGGAGAGCCAAUUCCUCCCCUUGCUUGGGGAUAGGGUUUUCACCAAUGGAAAGAGCCGAAGUUCUUGUAUAUUCACACAGCAGGGCCGCAAGGGCAUCAACCAGGAUGCAAUGAUUGUAUGGGAAGAUUUCAUGUCAGAAGAUGUGACUUUCUGUGGUGUCUUUGAUGGUCAUGGUCCGCACGGCCAUCUUGUUGCCCGCAAGGUGAGGGAUGCCCUGCCAGUAAAAUUACAGUCCUUCCUGAACUCUUGUGAGUCAAGGCAAAAUGGAUCAGGUCAAACAUGUUUCAUGGGGAAUUCAAAGAAAUCAGAUGUUGGGGAUUUGGACAAGGGUGGCUCUGUUGAAGAUAAAUUGAAUUCUUUAUGGAGAGAGGCAUUUCUGAAGUCAUAUAAGGCCAUGGACAAAGAGCUGAAAUCCCAUCCUAAUUUGGACUGCUUCUGCAGUGGGAGCACGGCUAUCACUAUUGUGAAACAGGGCUCCAAUCUGUUCAUGGGGUAUAUUGGGGAUUCCCGUGCAAUCAUGGGAUCCAAGGACAGCAAUGAUUCCAUGGUGGCAGUCCAGUUGACUGUUGAUCUGAAGCCUGAUUUGCCAAGGGAAGCUGAAAGAAUUAAGCGGUGUAAAGGUAGAGUGUUUGCAUUGCAAGAUGAGCCUGAAGUGCCAAGAGUUUGGUUACCGUUUGAUGAUGCACCUGGCCUGGCAAUGGCUCGGGCAUUUGGGGAUUUCUGUUUGAAGGAAUAUGGAGUGAUAUCAAUGCCGGAGUUUUCACACCGGACACUUACAGAGAGGGAUCAGUUCAUCGUUCUUGCCUCAGAUGGGGUUUGGGAUGUCUUGAGCAACGAAGAGGUGGUUGAGAUUGUAUCCUCAGCCCCAACGCGGGCAUCAGCCUCAAGAAUUCUGGUGGACUCAGCUGCUCGUGAAUGGAAGCUCAAAUACCCAACUUCAAAGAUGGAUGACUGUGCUGUUGUAUGCUUAUUUUUGGAUGGAAAGAUGGACUCGGAAUCUGAUUAUGAUGAACAAGGCUUUUCUUCAGCUACACUUGAUCAGAGCAAUCAUUCUGGUAAUGCUGCUGAAUCAGAUGAUGGACAGAAAUCCGAGCCAUGUCUGCAAAGAAAUUUUACUGUCAGAUCAGCAGAAGAAAAUGAUACUUAUACUUUUGGAAGAUUAGCAGUGGAUGGAGAUAGUGAAGCAAUAAAUGCUGAAGAUCAGAGUUGGUCGGGUUUGGAAGGUGUCACAAGAGUGAAUUCACUUGUUCAACUUCCGAGAUUUUCCGAGGAAAGACCAGACCCAUAA